UGGAACACCUGCCGCCAAAUAUUAAUUUGUAGCGUCACUUUGAUUAGUGUGGUCGGCAUAUUUCUGCGUCAUGACAACGAAGUAUGACAGAGCAAUUACAAUAUUUUCUCCUGAUGGUCAUCUUUUCCAAGUAGAAUACGCUCAAGAGGCAGUCAAGAAAGGUUCAACUGCAAUUGGUGUGAGAGGAAAAAACUGUGUUGUUUUGUGUGUUGAAAAGAAGGCAACAACUAGGCUACAAAAUGACAGAACUGUUAGAAAAAUAGCUCUUGUGGAUGAUCACGUUGCAGUGGCCUUUGCAGGACUUACUGCUGAUGCUCGGAUUUUGAUUAGUAGAAUUAGAGUGGAGUGCAAAAGUUACAAAUUGACCGUUGAGGAUCCCGUUUCCUUGGAAUAUAUUGCCAGAUAUAUGGCCCAAUUAAAGCAAAAGUACACUCAGAGUAAUGGUCGUCGGCCCUUCGGCGUGUCGACUUUAAUAUGUGGAUUCAACCAAGAUGGCACACCACAUUUGUACCAGACCGACCCUUCUGGGACUCAUUUUGAGUGGUUGGCCAACGCUAUCGGCAGAAAUGCAAAAUUAGCGCGUGAAUUCUUGGAGAAGAAUUACACUGAAGAGGCUGUAUCAGAUGAAUAUGGAACUGUGAAGCUUGCAGUGAAAGCCCUUAUGGAAGUAGUUCAGUCAGGUGCGAAACACAUGGAGUUGGCUGUAAUGAGAUGGAAAGCACCAACAAAACCUGGGGAUUCUUUUGUUGACUGGCAAAUGCAUUCGACAAAAUCGCUUAGGCAACUUCGAACCAUCUACAACCUAAGAUAAAAGUGUAUCUAAUAUAGCAUUACCUGAAGAUUUCAGUAGGAAUUCGGUAAGUAAGUAGUUCUGUCAUACAUUGUUACUUAAUAUUUCGCAGUUUAUGCCAUUCACAAAACGUAGAAUGGAAUUCUGAAAUGUAUGAGUUAACAUGGUACUUUGAUUAUUACUUGAUAUUCAUGUGUAGUACAUGUUAAAAUUAGGUGAUUAGAUGUGCAGUCUGGAGGCAAUUGGUUUUUUGUUCGGUUAUUUGUUUUAUGUAUUUUUGAUGUGUAUAGCUGGGAGCGAUAAGACUGGUCUACAAUAGUGAAUAUAUGUUGCCGGUUCAAUGAAUUUUUCAAGGUGUUAACUUCAAACAAUUUACUGUUUACAUAUCUCUAGCAUACUGAAUGCAUACAAGUGUCUUAGUCACCGUCGAAAUGUUUCAGUCGAGUUAUUUGGUGUAACUGACAUUUUAAUGCUGUUAGAAAUAGACACGGCCGUUUUCCGCGCAUGAAAUCAAGCUUUCUCAUAGGAGAACUGCUAGUCGUAGUAAUACAUUAUCUAAAAAUCCUGUAUGGAUUCACUCAAUGAAAACAAAUAAUCCCAACUAUGGGGGACGGGAUAUAAUAGGUCGACAUCGAGAACUUUUAAGCCCUAAAUUACCCUACGCCAACCUCUCGUAGUUAACUAGUUUGCUAGUUUUCUAGCCAGUCCCAAGUCCGGUUAAAGAGGGAGGAUUGGGCGUAUGGUUAGCGACCUCAAAUCACUAAACCUAUCACAUUGCUAGAGAAACUUCAACACAUAUUUAGAAUACGAAAUGACACGGGCUGGUAAAAGCCUUCGGGAAGCCCGUCAGCUAGCGGCGGUCAAACAAAAAC